AUGACCAGUGAAAUGGAACUGAUAUGUCCUAACCUAUCUUCUAUCCCACCCAGUUGGUACACUAAAUCUUCCUUUUCCAUUGGGUUCUUGACUAUUUUCACUGGAUUGUAUGCUGUUUUUUUGAUAGUGAAAUACUCUCCCGCAUCAUUUCGACAAUUUAAAUGGUAUUUACUGGCUUAUCAGAUAUCCAGCAGUGUUGCUACUAUUUCUGCUUCCAUUUUAGUGGUUCCUGUCAUAUUAUACCCCGGGCCAAUAGCUUCUUCUCGUGGCUUGCUCAAUUAUAUGAAUAUUCCUUUGUACACUCAAAUAUUACUCGAUGUUGGCUUACAUGUAGCUUUCGGAGCUAUCAUCCUAAUUUUGUUCAUUUAUCGUCAUGCUGUGCUCAACAAAAUUGAUCCAACAUCAGUUCGAUUCAAAUCGUACUGUUUCUUGUUUUUUGUUGGAGCAUGCUCUCUUUAUUGCGUUAUUGGAGCUGGGAGUAACUCCGAAGGUGAAAAAGUGUUUACUCGAGAAGAACUUGUUAAGCAAUGUCCUGAGUUAGAGGAAUGGGACUGUUCAGAAGAUCGCUUAGUUCUUCUUUCACCAUAUCUCAUGAAAAAUCGACUGAUACCAGCAAUUUUUGUGCUACAAUUCGUGCUUUACAGCAUAAGUUUAGUGUACAUGGCCUUAUUUAUAUUCAAGUUCUGUGAUACUCACAGCUGUAUGUCGAUACGAACCAGAAAAAUGCAGAUGAAUUUGCUGCUCACUCUGACUCUACAGGCAAGUAUCCCAUUCAUUCUUAUUACUCUCAUUAUGACAAUUUGUAUCGUAGCAUAUACGUUUCAAUUCGCUUGGACAGGAUUCUCAUGUGCUAUACUUUUUUUGAUUUGCGAAUGCAAUGGAAUCGCUACAGCCUUCAGCCUCAUAUUAGUGAAUGAUGCAUAUAGAAACGAAGUGAAGCAAAUUCUUCUUCGGACCGUCAAAUAUCUGGUGCGUCUCAUGCAGACCCAUCGUUAUUCGUACGAAAAACAUGUAGUCAUUUAA